AGAGAUAUGAACCCAAAUUGUCGUAUAUAUGCACUGCCGAGUUUGUGUUAUAGCAGUUUGCCAUUAUGUCGUACUCCAGAAAGAACUAAUCUACUAUACUUUGCAAAUAAAGCUGCAUAUAAAGAACGAAAACUUAAAAAAAAUUUGACGGCUGAAUCUGCUGGUGGAGCUGAAAAUAAAUUAGUCCACAAUAUGCACAAGCGUUUUUUGGAAAAGAACUUAAAUGACCGAAAGUUUGUUCUGAAAAGAAAGACUUCACAAGGAUACGAUGACGCGUUUACUAUGGAUAUAUCUAGUCAAUAUCCUCCAACAAAAGAUACAGAAAAUUUAAAGCGAAUUUGUCGUGAAGAAUGUGAGUUACUUGAGAAUGAAUUAUGUCAAAGGGAAUAUGCAAUAGCAAAGAGGCAUCCAGUAAUAGGACAAAAACUGCCACUUGAAGAAUGUUCGCGUCUUCCUCGUCAUACUGAUUGCUCUCAUCUUGGGAUUGAAAUAGACGUUGAUAUAUCUCAAAACUGCUAUUGGGAUGAUGGUUCAAGUUACAGAGGCAUAUUGGGUACAUCAUCUUCUGGUAAAAAAUGUUUACGAUGGUCGUGGCUUAUGAAGGAUCUUUCAGACUAUCCUGAAUUAGUUGGACAGAACUACUGCAGGAAUCCGGGAGGCAUUGAAGAAAAACCGUGGUGUUUUGUUGAUGACAAAUCAUUUGAUAAAGUUAUUGAACUAUGUAACAUUCCGAGGUGUUCAGAUAACAUUUGGUUAUAUUUAUUUAUAAUCAUUGCUGUCCUGACGAGUAUUAUUUUAACAUAUACAGCUUUGAUUGCUUUCAAAAGGAGAAGAAAUAAUGAAAUGACAAGUAUUCAAAAUAUAAACACUCCAAAUGCUGAUAAAAACAUAUAUGGAAACUCACAAAUUAACCCCUCAGUAGAAGUGGCGCGUAUUACCAGCGGUACUGGUUCCUUAUCUAUAUUUGUCAAUAAUGCCGAAAAGGGGCCAGUUUUAAAAAUUCCACAUUACUCGCUAAACGACGUUGAGUUCGUAGAAGAAUUAGGAGAAGGAGCAUUUGGUAAAGUAUACAAAGGACAACUUGCUAUAGCUGGUGGGGAAAAAACAUUCGUGGCCAUUAAAGCACUUAAAGAGGAUGCUUCUUAUAAAACACAGCAAGACUUUAAACGCGAGAUAGAAUUAAUCUCCGAUUUAAAACACCAUAAUAUUGUUUGCAUUCUUGGGGUCGUUUUAAACAAGGAACCUUUUUGCAUGCUUUUUGAAUACAUGUCAAAUGGAGAUCUGCACGAAUUUUUAAUCGCAAACUCGCCACAAGAAAACAAAUGUUUAACACAACAUGAUUUCUUAAAGAUAGCUGUUCAAAUAAGCGAAGGGAUGGAAUACCUUUCAGGACAUCACUAUGUUCAUAGAGAUUUGGCAGCACGUAACUGCUUAGUUGGCGAAAACCUAAUGGUCAAAAUAUCGGAUUUUGGUCUAUCACGCGAUAUUUAUAGUUCAGAUUACUACAGGGUUCAAUCAAAAUCCUUAUUACCAGUACGUUGGAUGCCCUCGGAAUCUAUAUUGUAUGGAAAAUUUACAACAGAAAGCGAUGUAUGGUCAUUUGGUGUCGUUUUGUGGGAAAUAUACAGUUACGGAAUACAGCCAUAUUACGGACACAACAAUCAGGAAGUAAUAAAUUUAGUAAGAUCUAGACAACUGUUAAGUUGUCCGGAAGCAUGCCCUUCUGCUGUUUACUCCUUAAUGUUAGAAUGUUGGCGUGAACAAUCAGUAAGAAGACCGUCUUUUGUUGAAAUAACGCGACGGUUAAAAACGUGGUAUGAAGGACACCAAAACAACGUUAAAAAUGUACCUACGGAAAUUCUGAAAACGACAAAAUAA